AUGUCCCCGCCCAGAACUAAGGAGGGUCGAGGUCCCCGAGAUCACCACCGGGCACCCCGUGAGGAAGAGGCCCCGGAGCCUUGGGACUGGAACCGUCCAGAAACACGCCGUCUCCUGGAGGAUGCCUUCUUCGGUGACGAGGAUUCACUCCGCCCCGGUUCCGAGGAGUGCCAGAAGUUCUGGGCCUUCUUUGAGCGUCUGCAGAGGUUCCAGACUCUCAGGACAGCCCAGAAGGAGGAGGAGAGAGACCCCAGGCCCCCCAGGCACAGCAUCCCGGCGCUGGCAGACCUGCCUUGCACCUAUGACGCCCGCUACCGCAUCAACCUCUCGGUGCUGGGCCCUGACCCUCGCACCUCCCGGGAGCUGGCCCGGCGUGUGCCCCCCGAGAGGGUGUCCGAGUUCCGCCGGGCCCUGCUGCACUACCUGGACUUUGGCCAGAAGCAGGCCUUCGGGCGCCUGGCCAAGCUGCAGCGGGAGCGUGUGGCGCUGCCCAUCGCCCAGUACGGGAAGCGCAUCCUGCAGACGCUGAGGGAACACCAGGUGGUGGUGGUGGCAGGGGACACGGGCUGCGGGAAGUCCACUCAGGUGCCCCAGUACCUGCUGGCCGCCGGCUUCAGCCACGUGGCCUGCACGCAGCCCCGACGCAUCGCCUGCAUCUCCCUGGCCAAGCGCGUCGGCUUCGAGAGCCUCAGUCAGUACGGCUCGCAGGUCGGCUACCAGAUCCGCUUCGAGAGCACGCGAUCGGCGGCCACCAAGAUCGUGUUCCUGACGGUGGGGCUGCUCCUGAGGCAGAUCCAGCGGGACCCCCACCUGCCCCAGUACCAGGUGCUGAUCGUGGACGAGGUCCACGAGCGGCACCUUCACAACGACUUCCUCCUGGGCGUGCUGCGGCGCCUGCUGCCAAGGCGGCCGGACCUCAAGGUGGUCCUCAUGUCGGCCACCAUCAACAUCGCCCUCUUCUCCGACUACUUCGGGGGCGCCCCGGUGGUGCAGGUGCCCGGCAGGCUCUUCCCGAUCACGGUCGUCUACCAGCCCCCAGAAGCAGAGCCGGCCGCAGCCAAGUCAGAGAAGCUGGACCCGCAGCCUUUCCUGAGGGUGAUGGAGGCCAUCGACAACAAGUACCCACCUGAGGAGCGGGGCGACCUCCUCGUCUUCCUCAGUGGCAUGGCCGAGAUCAGCAUCGUGCUGGAGGCCGCGCAGACUUACGCCAACCACACGCAGCGCUGGGUGGUGCUGCCACUACACAGCACGCUCUCUGUGGCCGACCAGGACAAGGUAUUCGACGUGGCGCCCCCUGGCGUCCGUAAGUGCAUCCUCUCCACCAACAUCGCCGAAACCUCCGUCACCAUCGAUGGGAUCCGCUUCGUGGUGGAUUCUGGAAAGGUGAAGGAGAUGAGCUUCGACCCGCAGGCCAAGCUGCAGCGGCUGCAGGAGUUCUGGAUCAGCCAGGCCAGCGCCGAGCAGCGCAAGGGCCGAGCCGGCCGCACGGGCCCCGGCGUCUGCUUCCGCCUCUACGCCGAAUCAGACUACGAUGCCUUCGCCCCCUACCCCGUCCCGGAAAGCCGGAGGGUGGCCCUGGACGCACUGGUGCUGCAGAUGAAGAGCAUGGACGUCGGGGACCCCCGAACCUUCCCCUUCAUCGAGCCCCCACCUCCAGCCAGCCUGGAAACUGCGAUCCUCUACCUCCGGGACCAAGGGGCCCUGGACAGUGAGGAGGCCCUCACGCCCAUUGGCUCCCUGCUGGCCCAGCUGCCUGUGGAUGUGGUCAUCGGGAAGAUGCUGAUCCUCGGCUCCGUGUUCCACCUGGCCGAGCCCGUCCUCACCAUCGCCGCGGCCCUAAGCGUCCAGUCGCCCUUCACACGCAGCGCCCAGAACAGCCCUGAGUGUGCGGCCGCCCGGAGGCCCCUAGAGAGUGACCAGGGCGACCCCUUCACGCUCUUCAACGUCUUCAAUGCCUGGGUGCAGGUGAAAUCUGAGCGGAGCAGAAACUCACGCAAGUGGUGCCGCCGCCGGGGCAUCGAGGAGCAUCGGCUGUAUGAGAUGGCCAAUCUCCGGCGCCAGUUCAAGGACCUGCUGGUGGACCACGGACUGCUGGCCUCGGCUCAGGCCCCGGGGCCGGGGGACAGCCACAGCCGGCUGCAGCAGCGCAGGGAGCGCCAGGCCCUGUACCAGCUGAAGCGGCAGCACGAGGAGAGCGGGGGCCGCAGGCGCAAGGUGCUGCGGCUGCAGGAGGAGCAGGACGGUGGCUCCAGCGACGAGGACCGUGGCACCACCCGGGCCACCCCUGAUGACGUGGACAUCCAGGACGUGAAGUUCAAGCUCCGGCACAACCUGGAGCAGCUGCAGGCGGCCGCCAGCUCCGCUCAGGACCUGACCCGAGACCAGAUGGCUCUGCUCAAGCUGGUGCUGGGCCGUGGCCUCUACCCACAGCUGGCCGUGCCCGACCCCUUCAACAGCGGCCGCAAGGACUCGGACCAGAUAUUCCACACACGAACCAAGCAAGGCACUGUGCUGCACCCAACCUGUGUCUUCGCCAGCAGCCCUGAGGUGCUGCACACCCAGGACGCAGAGGGCAAGGGCGGCGAUGGGAACCGAGAUGACAAGGACAAGGUGAGCAGCCGACACCAGCUCCUCCCCUUCGUCUCCCUGCUGGAGACCAACAAGCCGUACCUGGUCAACUGCGUGCGCGUGCCCGCCCUCCAGUCCCUGCUGCUGUUCAGCCGCUCCCUGGACACCAAUGGUGACUGCUCCCGCCUGGUGGCUGACGGCUGGCUGGAGCUCCAGCUGACGGCCACGGAGAGUGCCGUCCAGCUCCUGGCGGCAGCCCUGCGGCUCCGGGCCCUCUGGGAGAGCGCCCUGGACCGGCAGCUGACCCACUGCUCCCGGAAAUGCCUGGAGGAGGAGGACGAGGUCCCCACAGUGGACCGCCGGGAGGUGGCCGCCCUGAGCAGGGACCUGCUGCAGUUCACAGCAACCAAGGUUUCCUACAGCCUCCGGAGACUCACAGGACUGGAAGUUCAGAACCUCUACGUGGGGCCCCAGACCAUCACAGCCGCCCCCCAUCUCCCUGCCCUCUUUGGCAGCUCUACCCUGUCCCCUCAUCCAACCAAGGGGGGCUACGUGGUCACAGACUUCCUCACCUACAACUGCCUCGCGAGUGACACGGACCUGUACAGCGACUGUCUUCGCACCUUCUGGACCUGCCCCCACUGCGGCCUGCACAUGCCCUUCACGCCUCUGGAGCAAAUAGCCCACGAGAACACCUGCCCCAAGGCCCCUCAGGGCAGCCCCCCAGGAGCUGAGGAAGCGGCCCCCGAACCCCUCCAGAAGACAUCAGCCCUGCAGAGACCCUACCACUGCGAGGCCUGCGGGAAGGAUUUCCUAUUCACACCCACCGAGGUGCUGCGGCACCGGAAACAGCAUGCGUGAGCCGGAAGUGGCACCAGGAGC